AUAUAUUAAAUGCUUAAAAACAAAAAAUCAUAAAAUUAGAAUCCGAAUAAAGAUUUGAGUGUCUGUCCAACUAAUAAACUUCAACUAUCAUUUCUUGAUCAACCGCUUUUACCUACUCCUUGGAGGAAUUAUAAACAUUAUAACAUUCAAACACCAACUAUCUUAAUUAAAGAAACUGACAGAGUUGAAUAAUUGUCUUACCAAAUUGAUAAACUUAAACCUCGCUAUAGCAGAUCAUUAACUAAAAAUAGAUAGAAAUAUUUUGUUGAUACAGAAUAAAAUGUUUAUGAUCCUAAAACAAUCGAGAAAUAGAUUUUAAAUGGUAGUUGUCUUAAAUUUAAUGAAGAUUUAAGUGCAAAUCUUUAUUUAGAAUAACCAUAGCAAAACAAAUAGCUUCUUCCUCUUAUGUUAAAUUUAUAUUUUUUAAAUUCUUUUUAGAACAGAAUCUGUUAAGGUUGGUUCAAUCACUAUUAGUAAAGAUGUUGCUCUACCCAAAUAUCUUGAUCCUCCUAAAAGUAAGAGAAUUGGAUUCAAAAAAUUACCAGAAUACUCUAUUCGUAGAUUUAGUCAUGUUGAGGAUUUAGUAGAACGAGUUCGAUUGCAAUAAGUUGAUAUCCUUAAAAAAUAUUAAGCAAAAUCCUUUUCAAAAGAUA